CGAUAAACGCCAAUCGGUCGCGUAUCGCGGCUAGUAGUUAUCAUUCUGCGCAUGAAUAGACAACGCGUGUUGUAAAAUUCCGGUUCAUUCACACAUUUUACGCCAAAAAAAAUGGCCAACAGUGACGAAACGGUUCCGAGCUCCGGUGAGCUAAGCUGGCGAGAUGCCAUGUUCUAUGAAGACAUAGUGGCAGCGGAGCUAAACUUGACCCCGGAUAAGUUUCGGAUUUUGAUGGUCACUUCCAGCCCCGCCAGCAAAGAACCAGACGGUUACAUGUCUCUGCUCUAUCGGGUCACAGUUUCGGUUCAAGUGAACGGCGAUGAAGAAUCAUCUCCACGAGAGCUACGUUUCAUUGCCAAGGUAGAAUCGGACGGUUAUUUUGGCAGUGAGGUUCAGAAUCUGAUGCAAACUUUUCCGAAAGAAAUCGAAAUGUACUCCAAAAUUAUACCGGCAUUCGAACAGCUGUGGGCCGGCGAUAAAGUCAAAUUUGGUCCGAGAUCGUUCAAAUCAGUUGGCAAGCCGAAUGGGUCGGUGAUAAUAAUGGAAGAUUUGAGGGAGGCGGGUUAUCUGAUGAAGCCAUGCGCCGAUGGUAUGACGUUAGGCGAGUGCAGAAUAGUAUUGGAAAAGCUGGCUCGAUUCCACGCUGCUUCAGUUGCUUACUAUGAGAAGAAUGGAGCUUAUACCGACCCGUUCAAAGAUGGAAUGUACGCCGAUUGUUUGAUUGAAGAAUUUUCAUCUUAUUAUGCUCCGUUAUAUGAAUCAUUUCUCAAGAGAGUUCGAUCAAUGAAAAUUGAUCCAGACUGUUUGGAGGCAUUGGAAAAUUUGAACGGAAAACUUUUCACCAAAAUUGUUGACCUGUUCCGGCUUGAUCCCAAGGGCUUCAACGUCCUUAACCACGGAGAUCUAUGGGUGAACAAUAUUCUUUUCAACAAGGAGGACAUUCUUUUGUUGGAUUAUCAAAUAUCAUUCUACGGAUCCCCGGCCUUCGAUUUGAUUUAUUUCAUGAUUAACUCAGCUGCGUUAGACGUUCGAACCGAAUCAUUUAACGAGCUCAUCGAUUAUUAUCAGCAGGAGUUAUCAGAUAGCUUGAAAAAGCUUGGAACCAAUACAAAUCCACCAACCAAAGAACAGCUCCACAAGGAUAUUCGCAAACGAGGAUUGUUGGCCUGUGCUCAGACUAUGGAGGCGCUAUGUUUGAUACUGACAAAACAAGACCUCAAAAUGGAUGCUAAUUUGUUAGGUUCAGACCAGCCGGAAGGAAUCGACUAUCGGAACAAGCUUUACGACCAUCCCCGGGUGACGGCGGCUCUCGAACGAUUGAUUCCCUUUCUGUGGAAGGAAGGGUUUAUUACGGAGAAUUGAGAUAAAGAAAACCAUAUUGUUAAUCUAAAAAAAAUAGUAAAUAAGUUCCUUAUGUUUUAACACAUUAAAAUGAAGUUUUCUGUACCAA